ACCUUAUGACGUCAUGAUCUAGCUCUGGUGCUCCACGAUCUUUAUAGUGGGCAAAGAAUCCCCAGCCAUUUUGCAGGCAGUUAUUUGGUAAAGGCCUGUCUGUUCUCCACAUGUCUGAAGUGGUCCCAUUCAGCUGUCAGAUUUAUGGCCAUGGGGCAAGUUCCUGCAAACCCUAGGCCCACUGCUUCUAAAGACUGUCCAUUGUGGAAGGAAGAGGCAGCCAUUCAACACAAAUUCGCUGGCACAAACAAACCGGCAUUUCUUAUGCUGAUGCUCAUUGUCAUGUAGUGGGUGACUCUUCAGGAAUGACUUCAUGCAAGACUCCACUUCUUGCAACAAUCUGUGGGUGACAGAGAGUCAGCUGUUUUUGUACUGUGACUGCAAUACACAAGGAGCAGGGUACUUACCAUGCCACUGUUUGGACCAAAAACCAAGAGUCCACAGGACUUGGUGAAGACCCUCAAAGAAUCUUUGACCCAACUGGCCAAGGACCGUGAAAAGGGUGAAAAGGAAGUUAAAAAGACCUCUGAAGAUGUAUGCAAAACACUCCAAGCCAUAAAGACAAUGCUGUAUGGAACCCCAGAACAGGAGCCACAAACAGAGCACAUGUCCCAGCUAGCAGUGGAGAUGUACCAAUCAAACAUGUUGUUAAUGCUUGUGCAAAAUCUUCCAAAGAUUGAGUUUGAGGGCAGGAAAGAUGUGGUGGUUAUCUUCAAUAAUCUUCUUCGACGCCAAAUAGGCACUCGCUCACCAACAGUGGAACAUAUCUGCAUGAAACCAGACAUUUUGAUUGAACUUAUAAGAGGGUAUGAAACACACGAGAUAGCACUCAGCUGUGGCAUGAUGCUUCGUGAGUGUUGUCGGUAUGAGGCACUGGCAAAGAUCAUGUUACAUUCAGCAGAAUUCUACAAGUUUUUUGAAUAUGUGGAAGUGUCCACUUUCGACAUUGCUUCAGAUGCUUUCUCCACGUUUAAAGAGUUGAUAACAAAGCAUCGAGCACUGUCUGCGGAGUUUUUGGAGAAUAACUAUGACAAGUUCUUCACGCAUUAUCAGCAUUUAUUGUACUCUGAAAACUAUGUCACACGCAGGCAGGCGCUUAAGUUGCUGGGAGAAUUGUUGCUAGAUCGUCACAACUUUCAGACAAUGACACGCUACAUUAGCAGUCCUGAUAAUCUCAAGCUUAUGAUGAUCAUGUUAAGAGAGAAGUCACGCAACAUCCAAUUUGAGGCCUUCCAUGUGUUUAAGGUUUUUGUUGCCAACCCCAACAAACCAAAACCUAUUCUGGACAUCUUGCUACGCAACAAAGACAAGCUGGUGGAAUUCUUGACUAAAUUCCACACAGACCGUAGCGAAGAUGAGCAGUUCAACGAUGAAAAGGCCUACCUGAUUAAGCAGAUUAAAGAGUUGCGUGCCCCUGACACAGCUGACUCACAAAAAAGUGUUCCUGGAGACUUGAAGACAGAUGCAGCUUCAUAACAGUGGCUUAAGCUUCUUGUAGUGUUGCUUGUCUAUUAUGAUGAUUGUUCUUCUUCAGGGGUAGCGAGUUAAAAGAACUGUGGAAGUUUGGAAUGGCAUUUCGGGGUGGGGUUUUCAUCUAUGAAGAAGUUCGUUGGUUGCAGAAUGUGGGAAUCAGUGCACAUUUGUUCCUAUUUUGUUUUCAGCAAGGUUGUUUGAAUAUGUCCUAAUACUUGUAAACAGCAAAGUAAAUCAUAUAAUAUGUUAUAACAUUUUGAAAAGCAGCACUCUGUUUGUAGGUUUUCAGUGCUGUAUCUUCAGUACACUGAUUGUAAUGAUGUUUAAAGUCUUUAGGGUAGACAACUUUUUGCAUUGCACUUGACAAAAAUAUCAUUGACUGGUCAACACUGUCACAAUAUUUGAUGUAAAAUAAAGUAUAAAAGUGAAUGUGUUAGUUGAAUCUCACCUCUUCAUUUCAUUGUCAGGCCUUUGAUAUUUGACCAGUUUACUGUAGCAUCCAUCAGCUAGCUGUUGACAAAAACAAAAAAGUGUUAAGUGCCAUGGUUCUUUUACUCCAGCUGUUGUGAAACUUUCAAGAUGAGCCUCACUGACCAAGGUUGAGGAUUAAAGUGAUACAUUCUGUUCCUGAUAUCAUUAUCUGUAAACCUUACAAAUGAAACUUUAAUAUAAAGGACUGGGUAGAUGGAUUUUUUUCCAAUUGAUAAAAAGUUCUAAUGAAAGUGUCAAAUAAAAAUUUCUAAUGCAAAAGAUAAUUUGAUCUUUUUUUUAAAAAAUUUUCAGCAGAGUUGUACUUUAAUCUAAGUGAUGGGAGAAUGUUACUCUUAGUGAUAUUAAUACUUGAAAAUAUCAGUCAAAAGACAUUUUUAAUCUCAAAGAAAGUAGUAAACUGGGCAUCAACAUUGCUAUUGUAACUACUGGAUGUCUGAGGACUGUUUUUGUUUGCAAUGACAUAUGCAUUCUCCUUUAUUAUUCACCCCAAAUUCUUUUUUUUUGUGCCUAUUACCCCUUAAUGGUACACAGGCCCUUAAUCCACUUUAGGCAGAUUUACACAGAUUUUUAUUUUAAUGCAUGGGCUGCAUUUCUAAUAAGUAUUUGUGUUUCAAAAAGAUACUCAAAAUGGAGGCAGUCAUUAGCAGUCAAAGAUUUUGACGCGAUGAUCAUCAGAAUUUUGCAGUAGUCAGCACUUAAUGAAUAUUGACAGCCUGUUUUAAUUCUUCAUAAAGGCUAAUAAAUUGAAUCGGUAAUCACCUUUUCUCUGUGCAUAUGUUUAUCUGGUAUGAUAGUGUUCCCUAGGCAGUUGUUACUCUGCACUAUUAGAGAAUUAUUGCAUUUUUUCACAUUAGUGCACACAUCCAUAUCCACAUGGUUACUGUUUAGUACAGAGAUGAAAAUCUUUAAUCAUAAGUCAAGGUCUUCAGAAUCUUCAACUAAAUGUUGGUAUUUUUGCCAGAAACAUUGGAUGAUCUCCUUUGUAGUGAUUAAUGGGGAUUUAGUUUUCUUGAUUGGAAGUGUUCCUGUCCUGCUUGCUGUAACAUGGGUUCCCAAUACAAACACUCAUCAUCAUUUAUAUGCGAAUGUGAUAUACUUCACAUCACUAACAGGUGUAUUUUAACACAAUGGCUCCUAGCAAAACAAAAGCAUACAAAAAGUGUGCACCACGAUGCUGGCAAAUAUCUUUAAAGAUGAUACAAAAAAGAAAAAGAAAUCAGUUUCAUAAACGCAGCUUCAAUUAUAAGCAAGAAAAUGAAAAGCCCAUAAUUGUAGACAGGACUGCAGAGAUACAACGAAGGAGAGUUUCAGUAUCAGUGAAAAUUACACAAUUUCAAUUGGUUAUCCAAAACUCAGUAAAAUGGUGUGUACAAAUUUUUUUAGCUUUCAUUGUCAGGCUGCAUACCUUCACUGUUUUAAAAAAAAUGAAAAGAAUCAUCAGGUGUAUACAGCUGACUUGAUGGGUACCUGUGAUGGGAUAUGCAGAAUGAAAGAUUUCUUUUUGUGUGUUUGUAGGACCAUGGGUAUCACUGGAAUUGAUGAAAUGUGUGGUUCUUUCUAGUUUACUUUGUUCCUCUCUUUAUUCUAAUGAAUUAAUAAUUAUUAAAUCUCUUUAAUAACAGUAAAAAGAUGCCACUUUCUUUCUUGGAAUAAAAUGAUUUAUUUGUA